AUGGACGGCUCUUGUUCGCCCACCGAUGCUCCGCAAGCCGCGUGCGUUUCUCCCAAGCAUCCCAACGGCCCACUCCUUCCGCAUUCUCCUCGCGCGAACACCGCCGUGCGGCCAUGCCCUCCAGCAGCUGGGGCGCGCUCCCCUAGGCGGAACGCACCACCAGAGGGAGGCUCUGUGCGAUCACCUAGAUUCGCCGGGAGUGACGUGUCGACUGCAGCAGCUAGCUGCCCUCCCCUCUCUCCCUCCACCCCGAGUCGGAGAACUCCCCCCCGCAACUGCGCCCGCCGACACAGCUUUUCCCCCGCCUCGCCCCCCAUUCCCGCAGCCCUUAGCUCCGCCGCCGGCGCCCAACGUACUAGCAGCGCCAAUCCCCACUCCGCGAGUGCGUCGCCCCGCGCUGCUAGGGAGCGCCGUCUAAGCGAGGGCGGGCGGGAGGAACGGCGCGAGUGGGGCAUUCCAAGGGCGCAAGCGGGGCAAGCGGGGCAAGCGGAGGGGUCGGCUGGGGCGGCACCCCUCAGUCACCAUCCUCCGCAACUAGCCGGCAAUCCACACUCAGGCCCGCCGCUACAGCCGGCGAGGGAAUUAGAUAGCGUGCAGAGGAGAUUUCCAAGCGGAGACAAGGCGUUGGGGGGGAAUAGAUUCGCUGAGGCGUCUGGCGGACAGGAGAGGGCGCUCAGACGCGCGCAGUCGUGCGUGGUUCCGCGCACGGCGGAACGGGGCGCGGGGACAGCGGUAUCGGGCGCUGCAGGCCGGGGCGGAGGGAUGGUAGCGCGAGGAAGGGGGAGAGGAAGAGGCGCGGAGGCAGGAAGGGGGAGGGCGCGGGUUGUCGCGACGGACGGCGCGCAGAGCAGCGCCGAUGGUCCGCGGAGUGAUUCGUGCGCGCAGGCAUGCCCAGGCUCGUACCAACCGUAUUCCCCAGCCCCGCCAUCCGCCGCUCCGCGCGCGUCUCCUCGUUCCUCUCCGCUCGCCUCUCCGCGCGCCUCUCCGCUCGCCUCUCCGCGCGCCUCUCCGCCCUCCUUAUCAUCCGCCUCUCCUCCUCCCGUUUCUCCGCCACGCGCCACUCCGCCGCCGUCCGCUUCUCCGUCUUCCCCGCGCCCUCCCAGCUACAUGCACUCCUUUUCCCUGCCACCGAAUGCGCUGUCCCCACCCGUUCCCGCGCGCUCGUCGCCCCCCACCCAACCUGCGCCAACACCGCCACCCCCCGCGCGUGCUCCGCCUGCAUCUCUCCCUUACUCCCCGCCCGCAGCAGCAGCUCCGCCUCCGGCGCAAGCCAGCAGCGCCGCGCACAGUACCCCACGCGGCGCGGAACGGGGCAGAGGGCCGGCAGCAACUGUCGGGUCUAGAGGGAGGACGCACGCGACUGGCGAGCGUGCUGCUGCCACUGGUGCUGCCGCUGCCGCUGCCGCUUCUGGUGCCGGUGGGGCUGGCGGCGAGGCUGUGACGUCCACGGAGCAGAGCGGGAGGGAGAGGAGCGCGGUGCAUGGGGGGAACGCCAGAGAAGCACAUGGGGGGAACGGCGCUGAAGGGCGCUGGCUCACGGCGGAAAGGAGCAGCGCGGGGAGCGAAGGGGCAGUGCAGCGGGGGGCAUUGGUGGUGGCGGACGGAGCGGGGGAGAGGGGCGGUGCGGAGGCGGAGGGAAGAGGCGUGAGGGAGGGCGGGGAAGAUGGAGGAGGGCGCGCAGCGUCUGAACAGGAGUGCGAGGGGAGGAGGGGAGGAGCAGCAGCAGUCACAGGGGGGAGGAACGGAGUCGGUGGGGAGCAGAGGGGUAACGGGGAGGUGGUGAUUGAAGCGGUCUGCGGGGAGGGUGCGAGUGAAGCAGCGCGGGUGACUACACGGGUGGCAUGUGCGGAGGGCGAGCGGGGGAGGGCGGCGUGGCAGGGACAGGCCAGAGCAUGCAGAGACGAGGCUGGGUGGGGAAGCGGGGGGGGAAUGAAAGGGGAAGUGGGUGCGGAAGCGGCCGCAUCGCACGCGGCGCACGUACACGCGCAUGCGGCGGCGUCUGUUGCGCGGCUGAUGCUAAUGCAGGAGCUGCAGCAACUGAGCGACGAGGACGAGGACGAGGAGGAGGAGGGCGGGGAGGGCGCGGGGAGUGAGGAGGGGGCGAAGGCAGGCGAAGGGAGUGUUGAUGCGGGGAGGGGAGCAGACGUGGCAGCAGAGGCGGGAGGAGCAGGCGAGGGGGAUGGCGUUGGCAGCAGGGCAGGGAGGGGGAGCCGUGUGAUGCCGCGCAGCAAGAGCAUGGUCACCGGCCCUCUUGCUUCCCGUGCUUCCAAUGACACCUCUGCAUCUGCUGCUGCUGGUGCGGGCAAGUUGGGGCGGCGAGUGGUGGCGAGCCGGGCGACAUCCCUGGACACGUGGCACGCCAAGGCAAGCACAGAUUUGAACUCGAUGGGAAGGCUGGAGGAGAGGGAUGGCAAUGACAGGUCAUGUGUCAUGUCAUGUGGUGCGUGUGAGGGUGGCACUGGCGAUGCAUGCACGUGCCCAUGUACAUGCGCAUGUGACGACACGGCGAGUGUGAGUGGCAGCUGCAGCGCGUGCAGCCAGGGCAGCGAUCCGCGGCACAGGAGCACGGGCAGCCGGAGCAGCGUGCUGUCUGGGAUCACCACCGACACAUGGGGCACUGUCAGCACCAUCAGUGCUGCUGGCAGCACGAGAAGCAUGUGCAGUGAGAGGAGUGCGGGAGGGAUGGGGGAGGCGAUGGGGGGAGGAGGGGACGGGUGGUUUGGAAGCAAGGGAGGCAAGGGGGGCCCGGUGGCGGUGGUGGUGGGAGCGGGAGUGGCGGGGGCGCGCAUGAGCAUGGGCGCGUACGGCCCUGUGUACCGCGGGGAACUGGACGAUGGCGUUGCUGUGGCUGUCAAACGCAUGAAGGCCCGCGCUGCAGCGGGAGCAGCGGGGGCGGUGGGAUCAGUGGGAGUGGGUGAGCAACAGAGGGAGGAGCGGCGGGGAGGAGGGGGCAUGGUGUGGGAGGCGGAGGGGGAGGAGGAGAGCAGUGGCGUGGAGAGCUUUGAGAGGGAGGUGGAGGUGCUGAGCCGUGUGAAGCACGAGCACAUUGUGCAGCUCAUCGGGUGCUGCCCUGACGACUGCUCUCUCGUCUAUGAGUACAUGGCAGGGGGCAGCCUCCAGCAGAGACUAGAACAACAAGCACUCGCCCACCGCGUGCGCAUCGCUCAUGAGAUUGCAUCUGCCCUGCUGUACCUGCACCGCAGCCAACCGCCCAUGAUCCACCGGGACCUCAAGCCCGACAACAUUCUGCUCUCUGCACACGACUGCAGCAAGAUUGCCGACGUGGGCAUCGCAUGUGCGCUCGCCAACCCCUUUGCCACGUCCGUCAAGACCCACCGCGUGCGCGGCACUGUGGGGUUCAUCGCCCCGGAAGCCAUAGCUUCGUUUGAGCUCUCCCCUCGCUCCGAUGUGUACUCCUUUGGUAUCCUCCUCCUCAUGCUGCUCACUGGGUUCACCUCCUCUCGCUCUGUCCAUGACAUUCUCGCGCAAGCCAUGCCGCCCGGCCGCCCGCGGGACGUGGAAGUUGCUGUGGCGCUGUUCACUGCCAGGCUGGAUAAGAGAGCAGGGCGGUGGGAUUUGGGGCUAGCGCGGAGGGUGGUGCGAGUAGGAGUGCGGUGUGUGGAGAGGUGUGCUGAGAUGAGACCUGACUUAGAGGAGGAGGUGGAGCCGGAACUUAGGGACGUGACGAAGGAGGCGGUCAGGCAGGCUGAGGAAAUGAGCAAUGUGGAAAGUGGUGGUGGUACGGUAGCAUGGGAGUUGGCUCGACCGUCUGAGGCCAUGGUGCAGUCGCUGCGAGAGAAGCACCCGGCUAGCACUGGCGAGGUACCACAGUGGGUCCGCGAUUUCACCGUCGAUACUGCUCAGUGGCCUUCACUCGCGACCGACAUCCUCGCCAGAGCUAUCCAUACAGCCACUCGAGCUUCAGCAGCAGGGCCAUCGGGGUGGGCCACAGAGCAUCUGCGCGACACCUUCCUCACUGAACCUUCCUGCCUUUCCCACCUGUUGGAAGUGUUCAACCAAUGGGUGGCGGGACAGGUCCCCGAGCGGGCUCGGCCGUGGCUCGCCGCAUCCAACCUAGUCAGGUUUUCCAAGCUUAACAGCGACGUCCGGCCGGUGGCGAUCGGGGAGGUGCUUCCUCGUAUCCUUGCUCGAGCUCUCUGCAUCUCGCUCCGCCCUGCGAUGGUUUCCUACUUCCUGCCGUGCAACCAGCUGGGAGCGGGCACCAGGGUCGGGGCGGAGAUUCUCACUCAUUCCCUUCGGUCAGCGCUGGCCACUCACCCCGACUGGUGUGCGCUACAGAUAGACGUCGCAAACGCCUUCAGUUCGUUUCACCGUCAUGCGAUGUUCGAUGGGCUGCGGGAGUCGCCUUUCUCAGGGAUGAUCCCAUUCUUGCGUGUUUUCGAUGGGACACCUAGCGACCUGUACCUCCGAGCAGGCCCUUUCGUACAGAGCCUCGAGUCGGCACGGGGAUCAAGGCAGGGGGACCCGCUCGGCCCUUUUCUUUUCGCGCCUCCCAAUCGACCUCCCCUUUACUCUCUCUCCCCAUCCAUCCCCCCCCCUAUCUCUCUCCCCACUUCGAACUCCCUCUAUCAUUCUCCUCCCGUCUAG